AAGAGGAAGUGUAAGAAGGGAGUCUUGACUCCCUUUGGUUAUGCUGCAAAAAGGCUUGGAUGAAACAACAGACAAUUCUCUUUCGAAUCGGCCCUCUCAGGCUCAGCUCAGCUAGCUUUUGUCUCAAUCCCCCGAAUUUUACGUUCCUUUUUCCUUCUUAAUACAUAUAAGGGCAGGUCGUUAUAGAUCGAUACAUACAUACAUACAUACAUUCUCUCUCUCUCUCUCUCUCUCUCUCUCUGUCUAUAUAUAUAUAUAUAUAUCUUCGUGCGCCUCUUCAAACCUUUUCCCUAUCGAACCCUUUUCACACCAGGUCCCUUUUCCGUCGACCCAUUUGCGGUUUCUCUCUCUCUAAACCCUUCUAAACCCUUCUCUCUAGAAUUCACGUACGAUGGUAACCCCCUUUGUGACCUCUGAAACCCUCGUUGAAGGCCUCUUCUUCUGGGUUUAAUCAGUUUUGGAUAUUUUUGGUGAUAUGGGCGAUCUUCAAGUUUUUUCUCAGCAGCCAAACGGUGUCCUGACGGAAGAUCGUUCUUUUUCGGUGUCCUUCUCGCCGCCAUUGCCUGCUUCUAACCCUGAUCCAUCGUCAAUUGGGGAGGAAAGUUGGGCGAUAGCUGAACAAACCACCCAACAAGUCAUAUGUUGUAUUCACCCCACUUUGGACUCUGAGGAGAAGAGGAAAGAUGUAAUUGAAUAUGUUCAGAGACUCAUCAGAUGUUCUCUUGGAUUUGAGGUCUUCCCCUAUGGCUCUGUGCCACUGAAGACCUACCUUCCUGAUGGAGAUAUUGAUUUGACUGCCCUUAGCAGUCCUACUGUUGAGGAGACUUUGGCCCGUGAUGUACUUGCUGUUCUGCAAGGAGAAGAGCAGAAUGGGAAUGCUGAGUAUGAAGUGAAGGAUACACAAUUCAUUGAUGCUGAGGUUAAACUUGUGAAAUGCCUAGUGCAGAAUAUUGUAAUAGAUAUCUCCUUCAAUCAGUUAGGAGGACUUUGUACACUAUGUUUCCUUGAGCAGGUUGAUCGCCUUGUUGGCAAAGAUCAUCUCUUCAAACGUAGCAUUAUUCUGAUAAAGGCUUGGUGCUAUUAUGAAAGUCGUAUUCUUGGUGCCCCUCAUGGUUUAAUUUCUACGUAUGCUUUGGAAACAUUGGUCUUAUAUAUUUUCCAUCUCUUUCACGCAUCAUUAGAUGGGCCUUUGGCGGUUCUCUACAGAUUUUUGGACUAUUUUAGCAAAUUUGAUUGGGAAAACUACUGUAUUAGCUUGAAAGGACCAGUUAGCAAAGCUUCACUGCCUGAUAUAGUUGUUGAGAUGCCAGCAAAUGUGGGGGAUGAUUUGAUGCUUAGUGAAGAAUUUCUUAGAAACUGUAUGGACAUGUUCUCAGUUCCAUCAAGGGGGCUUGAAACAAAUUUGCGAGCAUUUCCACAAAAGCAUCUAAAUAUAAUUGAUCCGCUGAAAGAAAAUAACAACCUUGGGCGCAGUGUCCACAGAGGUAAUUUCUAUCGAAUACGUAGUGCUUUCAAAUAUGGGGCCCGCAAGCUUGGUCGAAUUCUUCUAUUACCAAUAGAGAGAACUGCAGAUGAGAUCAAGUGGUUCUUUUCAAACACACUGGAGAGGCAUGGACGUAAAUCUGGCAAUUUGUCCUUGUCAUCUCAUUCCAGAACAUUCUCUGAGGAAAAGAUUCAACUGAACUCAUUGAAUCUUGAUUUGGAUAGUAAUAUACCAGAGGUGGAAGAUAAUGAACUAGACAGAUACUCCAUGAAAGAUGAUUCUUUACAGGCGGCUUGUCCAAGAGAUGGGAUUGGUGUUUUAGGAUCUCACUUAGCUGGAGACUCAAGUUUGAGAAUCGCCAGUGACUUGUCUGAUUGUUCACCAUCAAAUUGCGACUUAAACAAUUCUCUUUCUGGUUUAUAUUACUAUGCACCUCAUAAUAAGAUGUUGUAUGAAGAAAAGGUGGCAAACAUUGCUGAUGAGAGGAUGGGUUUUGAUUCAUGGAUUGAACACAGGGAGAACCAUUUGGGGGCUGGUUAUGGAGUCUGUUCAUGCACUAAUAAUCAUGAGGGUGUGAGCUGUUGUGGUUCUGGAAUCUUGAGUCCAUAUGCGCUUCUAUCAGAAGGUUUGGCCCUUGAUCUUAGGGAAAAGAUUUGGCUGAUAUUGCUGGAAGCACCGAAACAUUGAAUCCCUUGUCAGACCUUAGCGGGGACUAUGACAGUCACAUAAGGAGUUUGCUAUAUGGUCAGUGUUGCCAUGGGUAUGCUUUAUCCGCACCUGUACUGCCCAAUCCCAAUCCGCCCACAUUCCAUUCUCAGGUGCAAAAUAAAAAGCCAUGGGAAACUGUUCGUCGAUCCAUGCCACUUAAGCGGAGCGUGAAUUCUCAAACGAACACAACUGGUGCAGUCUUGGGAUUUUCGCAAAACCCCAUGAACAAUCCCCCACUAUCCAAUUCUUUGGGUUCAGAAGAAAAACAUCAAGCACGAGGAACUGGCACAUACUUUCCCAAUUCGAGUGGUUGUUCAUGCAGAGGGAGGUCCUCACAAGGAAGGGGAAGGAACCAGGCAUCGGGGAAUCAACGCCAGUCAUGGAGACACACUCGUAACAAUGGCUCAGCUCCAACACUGCUGGAGAAGAAAAAGUCAUUUGAGGGAGGCAGCCAUGAGCUUCCACAUUCUCGGUCCCAGCAAUCUACUCAUUCUGAGCUGGACGAUGACUCUAAUUCUUCUGGUUUCUCCAUCUUAUCUCAGAAACUUGAAUUUGGAUCGUUUGGAGAAAUGCCGGAAGAAAGCGGUCCGACAGCUUCAGACACUUGUCGAGGCUGGGGCUCCACUCCAAGCCCAGUGACAAUGAAAGUGCAGAGCGCAAAAACAGUAUUGGAUAAUAAUCAAGAAAGGGUUGCAAAGCAGUCAUACCACCUCAAGGAUGAAGAUUUCCCUCCUUUGGCCAUCUGAAUAUGCCUUUGCAAGGAUUUUCGAUACAUAUAUAAGAAAGAGCAGGCAAAUAGCUGUAGAUUCUAACAAACUUACCAGUCCAAAUAUUUAGAGAGGGAAUAUGCUCUUUUUGCAUUUUUCUUUUUUUCUUCUCUUUUUUUUUUAAAAAAUUUUGGUGGUUGUUGAUGUGAUGUACAAAAAUUGGCUCUGUACAUUCUUCUAGUGUUGAAAAAUUACUAGUUUAUACAAAAUUUGAAAAGAUUAGUUAUGUUGAAUAUUGGGUUAUAUACUAUAGGUAGUGUUCUGGUGUGAAAGGCGUGCAUGUAGAAUUGUGGAUAUUGUGUUUGGAUGUAUACCUACAUUGAGUCACAGUUUGAAUAACUAAUUUUCGUUGUAUU